AUGUUCGAGGACCGCAUCGAGUGCCAACCUUGUAUCCCUGCUUCCGAGCAGGACCGCAAAGUGGAUCCCGCCUCCGCAACCAUGCUGGAUGCAUGCAGCAGAUUCACAGCGGAAGACCUUCAAUGGUUGAAUGAUACGAAUCUUUGGGAUGGUCUGAAGAAACAGGCGGCAAGCGUGAUGCCCCAGCAUGGCCGAGAACUUUGCGUUGUGGAUGCAUCGACAUUGGCGCUUCCUGCCGCAUUGCCAGUUGUUGCACGAAGCCUGCCCCAGGACAUGCGCCCCCCGGCAACCUUUGUCGGCAGCUGCAGGGAGCCCACUGCAGCCAAGGCUUUCCUUGCGGCGAAUGGCUUCACCAAACAAGUGCAUUUGCACCAACGCUCAACAACAAGCAGCUUCGUCGAGUUGCUUGAGGAACCCACCCUCGCAGGAGAGGCUUGCGAAUACAUCCUGAUCGUUGCUGACGCUGUGCAGCGUUCGGGCGAGCUGCGGCAGGAUGUCCUCGCCCAGGUUGCGGCUGCUCAUCGCCACUGUGAGGCCCUUGGCAGAAGCCUCACCGUCCUCCCUGGCAACCUGAUCUUGUCGCUUACUCUACUAGAGAGCCUGCCGCUGGCGAGAAGCAGCCGUGUGCAAUGGACUCCGAACGACGACUUAUGCGUGGACGUCAGGAGUUUGAAUGUGCUGGCGCCAAGUACCUUCGAAGCUCUGUCAGAGGCAAAGUUGUCUGCCAAGCGACUGACUUGCGAACACGAGGUUCGACUGCUGCUGUCUAGCUCCUCAUUUCUAACGCAGCUGCCGAGCUUGGAAGUUGGGCAAAAGCAUAGGCUGGGGCCAGUGCUCACAGAGGGCACUCUUCAUGGAGUGCUGUGUGAAUGGUCUUGGUCAGGCAACAGAGGCGAUGAACUCCGCAACUUUGACAAGGCAGGCGUGGUUUGGCCCGAGGCUUUGCCAAGUCGAGUUGAGAAAGGAGAUUACGUUCUCGUUGAGAUCCGUCUGCUGGCUGCUCGCGGCAUGCUGGUAACGCCGCUGGAAGUUCAGCGGGCAGGGUCGGCACUGCCAAGUGGA